ACACUCCUCAUCACGAAAGGGGUUCCUGCAUUAACAACCAAUCUAGAUUUUAGUCGAUUGUUGUUAGACCCCAAUUUGUAAAAUACCCAAUUUCCAAAAUCAUCAGAUAAACCCUAACCCUAGUUUUUUAAUUUUGGGUGUUUGGGAGAUUAAUUCAAUUGACUGGAGAUAGUAAAAGGGGAUUCCUUUUCCCAGUGCAAUUGAAAAAUUGGGUUGAAUUAAGAAUUUCUUGGUGUAAAUUUGUUAAAUUCUAUUAGAAUUUUCAAGAGAUUGAAGAAUUGAAAUUCGAUUCAAUGUCUUGGGCUGGUCCUGAAGAUCUUUUUCUUUCUACUUCACUUGCUACUUAUCUUGAUAGAAAGCUUCUUGUUUUGUUAAGGGAUGGUAGAAAGCUCCUAGGGAUAUUAAGGUCCUUUGAUCAGUUUGCAAAUGUAGUUCUUGAAAGUGCCUGUGAUAGAGUGAUUGUUGGUGAUCUUUACUGUGACAUCCCGUUGGGUUUGUAUAUUGUCAGGGGAGAGAAUGUAGUAUUGAUUGGAGAACUGGCUGUAGGUGAGGAAGAGCUUCCGCCACAUAUGACAUGCGUCUCAGAAGCAGAAAUUAAACAGGCUCGAAAGGCAGAAAAAGAAGCUAGUGAUCUGAAAGGAAUGAUAAGAAAGCAGAUGGAGUUUUUAGAUUUUGAUUGAACGUUGAGCUCCAUGCCUCCUUAAGACUUUGUUAUCUACCAUUCUUAAGUCAAUUUCCCCUUCCUCCGCAAAUAUUAAAGCGGAUAUCCUUUAAAGGUAGAGUAAUUAAAUGGGAUGCUCGACCCCAUAACCUGUCUCUCCUUUCCCUUUUCUUCUUAGCUUUCUUUGGCCUCUAGACCUGUACCCCUUCUUUUUUUCUUUUCGUUGAGGUUAUUUUGGACUCAUCAGAAAAGAAUGAUCACAUUGAUCAGUUUACAGAUACUAUGUGCUCAGUUGCACCUGGAUAUGGUUAGUGCAAUGUUUGUCGCUCGAUUCAUAACUGAUUACUGUCUGAAUUGUGAUUGUGCGGCUUUAUUUCCUGUACCUCAAUUACAACUCAAUGCUGUUACAAUUUUUGGUUAUUGAUGUAUAGCCAUGUUUUUUGUUAUGGCUCCACUACUAACCUGUUUAUUGUAACAACAAAGAUACUGUAGAUUGUGCUUUUAAUUUGCAAUUGUCUUUUCAUUA